CAUGUCUAAGGAUCAGAUUGAUAUCGAUGUCCAUUUCCAUCAACCGGAAGCUUGUUGGAAAGCUGGUGAACAAAUCGUAGGAGAUGUUGUUGUGCAUUCGAAUACUCAAGUUAAAAUCAAAGCUGUCAAAUUGAAGAUUUACGGUACGGCUCGAGUUUCCUGGAGUGUUCAGAAAUCUUAUACGAAAGCUACUUCAUCUUCGGUUUCCGUGAAGAAUUAUCAAGUACUAGUUGAUCAUGAACUAGUUUUAAGGAAUAGCGAUUCUCAAGAUGGAAUAUUGAGGAUAGGGAAGAACAAAUUUCCAUUUAAAUUUGAUCUAUCGAAAUCCCUACCACCAUCGUUCAAUGGAAAAUGGGGAAAUAUCCAUUAUGUUAUGACAGCUACAGUGGAAAAAGCGUGGAAAAAUAGUAUAAUUAAAGAUAAAGAAUUCACAGUCAACGGAUAUUUCGACCUUAACGACGAGAAUGAAAUAUUGAGACCUGUCGGCUCGAAAAUUGAAUUUGAAGUGAGCAGAUGCUGUUGUAACGUUGGUGCUGUAACUAUAGAAUUUCGGGUUGCCAGAAAGGGUUUCGUAUGCGGCGAGAUAAUUCCAAUUCAUGUAGAGAUAAUUAAUGGAUCAAGUAGGAAGUUGGUAUCGUCGAGGGUAGCACUAAUCCAGACUGUCAAGUAUCGUGCCGACGAUAGAAUCAAAAGAAUAAAUACGGUUAUAUCAUCCUUAUCGAAGGGAGAAACUGGAGCUAGGAAAACGGAAGUAUGGGAAAAUGAAGCUCUUCCUAUUCCUAAAGUACCUGUAUCUACGAAAUGUAAAAACAUUCACAUUCAGUAUUCAGUAGUUUUUACGAUAACGCCCUCUGGAUGGACCGCAUCCGAAAAGGAGAUUGUUGCAAAUAUUGUAAUUGGAAGCGAACCCUUACAAGCUAAUACAGUUCAAAAAUUCCUUAAGGUGUGUGAUAGUCGCCGAUCGAGUGCAAAUACUAGUAGGAAGGGAAGCAUACUUUCAUCAGAGGGUGUAGUUGGUCAUUCGCAACUUCAUGACGCCUUAAGGAGCCUUCCUUUAACAAGAGGAACACUCAGACUGGGCGACGCCCCUUGCCACAGAGAAUUACAGGCUAGAAGAGCUUCUGCAUAUCCAGUUAUUAUGGCGACAGGACCCUCCGGCGAGAGUUCUCAAUUCUUAGUAGUCCAAGAACCUUCCGAGAAUCAGAGAAGGAGAGAUAGAGCGAAGAGUUUAACUAACACCUUAGACGGUUCCAGAAGAUCUAGCUUUGACACGCGAGCAUUGAUGGGACCCGGAACAGUUUUAUAA